CAACACGUCCGCAAUCUCUCCAGAUCUCCUCCAUCUCUACUCCACUCUCGCGUCCUCCUCCUCGGGUCUCUCACGCGUUCUCCAUCGCUUUUUCUAACUGACCCGCGUUCGUCACUCCCACAUUCUUCUUCUCCUUGGCGAGCAGCUCCUCUUCCCAGGGACUGCGUCUCCUGCGCCAUGAAUUACCUCAAAUCCAUCACUUCCUCGGUCCUCUCUAGCACUGGCGUCUCCUUCCCUUUUACAAUCGGAGAGCGCAUUCCCGGUACUGAGGCCGGUGCAUCCGUCUGGGAGAUCCGAGAGGGAGUCAAGAAGGACGAUGGUUCGCCCGUGACGCUCUUCAUCUUCGACGCGACUUUGCCUCCCCUACAGCCUGGGAAUAAGGACCGGCGGACGCUCUUUCAGCUCGCCAAAAAUGCUCUCAAGAAGCUCCGCACAAUUCGGCAUCCCGACGUAAUCAAAUACAUCGACUCGGUUGAGACCGAGACCCACAUCUACAUUGCGACGGAGCCUGUGCGGCCUGUACAGGCCGUUUUGCGGGACUGGGGGACAGGCGGGGCGCUCACAGGCUCUGCAGCGGCUAGAGGGAAGGCGGGAAAGGAAGCCUGGCUGGGCUGGGGCGUGAGGAGCAUAUCUACCGCGCUGGCGUUCCUCAACGCCCCGCCAUUGUCUCAACACCAUGCUUAUCUCAUACCGUCAACAGUGUUCAUUACGCCAGCGAUGGAGUGGAGGCUAGGCGGAUUCGAGCUGUUGACAGGACGAGACGACGGUGCUGGCGUGUUGUGGGGACUUGGGGGAGUUGCGCCAGGAAAUGCGGGCGAGUACUCCAGCCCAGAAGUGAAGAAGGGCGGCUGGGGUGUGCUCCGAGACACCGACCCCGCCUUCGAAGACACAUAUCUGCUCGCAAUGUGGCUGUUCUGGCUUUUCAACCCCGAGAAACCACCGCCCCAAUUGUCGACUGCGCCUACACCGGCCAUGGCGGGUGCCAUCCCAAAGCGCCUGUUCCCUUUAUGGAAGCGCAUGGUGAACCCGAAUGCGCGGACACGACUCUCGACGACGAACUUCGUGGCUGAGGCGCAGGCGAGCGGUAUCUGGUCGGACAAUCCGUUGGUGUCGCUGGUUGAUGGAUUAGACGGCUUUGAGCUGCGUUCUGAUGGGGAGAAGGCCAUGUUGUUGCGUACGAUCAAGGACGCGGCCGAGGGGGGGUCGCUGCCGGAACCUUUCCUCGUGCAUCGCGUUCUUCCCUCGCUGCUGCACUCGCUCUCUCUCCCCAAUGCGCCAAGCGCGCAGAUGCUCCCGCUCGUUCUUGCGCUUGGAAAGCAAGUUCCUCCUUCAACAUACGCUAAAGUUGUGCUCGACCCAGUGAUCAAGCUCUUCGCGAGCCCAGAUCGUGGGACGCGGAUGGCUUUGCUGGAUGGCUUGGACGAGUAUGCCGACCGGCUCGACAAGCACAUGGUUACCGAUCGUAUCUGGCCGCACCUGACCACUGGUUUCGCCGACACGGUCCCAGUGAUCCGCGAAGCGACCAUAAAGGCGGUAUACCCGCUUGCCAGCAAGUUGUCAGAUCGUAUCUUGAACAAUGACUUGCUGCGUCUGCUCGCCAAGAUGCAGCAGGAUCAGGAGGCGUCGAUCCGCACCAACACCUGUAUUCUGCUGGGACGCCUGGCGCCGAUGCUCGGUCCGAACACGAAGAAGAAGGUGCUCGUCCCGGCAUUUGCGCGCAGCCUGAAGGAUUCGUUUGUGCACGCGCGUGUUGCAGCUCUCAUGGCGUUGAUGGCCACGGUCGAGUGCUACGACCGCGACGAUCUUGCGGGUCGUGUCAUCCCUAAUAUGGCGCACGCCUUGGUGGACAAGGAGAAGAUCGUGCGCGACCAGGCGUUCAAAGCGAUGGCGAUGUUCGUCAAGCGCGUCGAGGAGAUGGUAGCGAGCAUGCCGGCUACGGUCCUGACCGAGACCGAGCGCCCCACCUCGCCGCAGCACGCGGCAGGCGCAGGCAUGGUGACGAGUGCGGCUGGUGCCGCCGGCUCGCUGGCCGGCUGGGCAUUCUCGUCGCUUGGGAAACACCUGCAGACCGGCGAGGCGAAUUCAGCCAUGACGGCGGCGCCGGGCGUGCCCGCCCAUGAUCUCCCGUCUCCCAACACGUCCUCGUUCGGCUCGCCUGCGGCGUCGCGUCGCGAGAGCGCCGACGCCACGCGCCCCUCGGCGCGCCUGAACUCGUUCUCGGCCUCAGCGUCGGUGUCGGCCUCGCGCAAGCCCGCGCCAGGCAUGAAGCUCGCACACACCAAGCAGCCAAACCUGAUGGACGAGCUCGCGAACGAGCUGGACGACGACGUCGCGAACGCGUGGGGCGACGACCUGAUGGACGUGAAUGCGGACACGGACGACUGGACGGCGUUCGAGAGUGCCGCGCCCGUCGUCGAGGCACCCCCGCCGCAGAGCUACUACGUCGCGCCCAAGGCCGAGCCCCUGCCCGCGCCCAAGCCCGUCAAGGCUAAGCCCAAGCCAGCUCCGGCAGCUGCGUCCGCACCUGCCCCGCCAGCGGGGAAGGCGCCGCCGCCUGUCGCCUCCCCCGUGUCAGAGAGCAGCAAGCCUGCUACGCCUGUGCCCAGCCUCGCGGGGAUGAGCAAGGAGGAGAAGGAGAAGGAGAUGGCGCGACGGCGCGAGGAGCGCAAGGCGCGUAUUGCGGCCAUGAAGGAGCAGAAGAAGGGCAAGGCGUAGAUAAUCUGCAUCAGUGUAUCCUUGUUAGGUGAAUGUCGAGUUCUGCGCGAUGGCCACAGCCCCUGUGCUAUGCUCGAAGCCACAAUCAGAGUACAUGUACACGGCUAGAUAU